GCAAGCAAGUUGUGUAGAUAUAAUACACACAUUUUUUACAAUAAAACAAAAUAAAAAAAAGGUAAAUACGGCAUUAAAUGCGACAUUUCCACGGCCGCGCCGUUUCCCAUGUUACCCCUCUCUCUCUCUCGGGAGAUUCUGCGCACAUAUAUAAGCUUCGUCCUCCAUUUCUCUUUUAGUUUCUGCAUCGCCUAAUUCUGCGCAACACGCGGAGAGAAACUCUCUCUCUCUCUCUCUCUCUCCGUCUUCCAUUUCUCCUCUAGUUUCGAGAUCGAUUUUGAAUUUCUUUGCUUGUUGUGAAUACUGACGAGAAACGAAGGGAUCUCUGGUUCUUAAGAGGUCAGAUUCGUGGUUUGAGUUGUUUUUUCUGAUCCGAGGAUGGUGGAUGUAGUUCCUACUAUUCAAUCAAUCGGCUUUACGUCGCCGGAAUCUCGCCGGAAGAGGCGGGGGAAAUCUGAGGCGGAGACACGGCGAUCGAUCGGCGAAGACCAGGCGAGGCGUGGGACGAAGAGAUGGAGAACGGAGCGGGAACAACAGAUCUACUCUUCGAAGCUCGUCGAAGCUCUCCGCCGAGUUCGACGGAGAUCCGGCGACUCUGACAAAAUUUCCAGCGAAAUUAGAGAGAUCCGAGAUGCGGCUGACCGAGUUCUCGCGGCGUCGGCUCGUGGUACGACUCGGUGGAGCAGAGCGAUCCUAACGACUCGAGUCCGAGCGAGGCUGAGGAAGCACAAGAAAGCGAAGUUGACCAGGAAAGACCGGCCGAGAAUACUGUCGGAGACGACGGCGGAGAGGUCAACGAAGACGAAAUUACCGGCGGUUGAGAUGAAACUGAAGACUCUCGGCCGGCUGGUUCCCGGUUGCAGGAAAGUUUCAGUACCAAAUCUUCUAGAAGAAGCAACCGAUUAUAUCGCGGCUCUAGAGAUGCAGGUUCGGGCCAUGACGGCUCUCGCCGACCUCUUAGCCACCGCGCCGCCGCCGUCAACCGGAACUUGACGGCGCUUAGUUGUGCCACGUGUUAAAUAAUAAUUAGUUCUCUCUCUCUCUCUUAAGAUUUUGUCGACCAUAUAGAUUUUUUUUUAUUUAAUUCAUGUACUUAUUUGUAUAUUACCUUUUAUUUUCUCUUCCUUUUGUCGUUUUUUGUUUUUCUUCAGUCAUUCAUUUGGUACAGCCAAAAAAAGAGGAAAAAAGUCCCUUUCGUUCCCUCUUAAAACGGAGAACCUAAUAAAUUUAA